AUAGAUUUUAGUAUUCUAAUUUGCUGAUUUUUAGAUUAAAACAUAAAAUGUGGAGGAUUAACAGACAAACUACUUUUAACCUGUCAGAUUAUGCACAUAAAGCACCACGCUUCGUUAGGACAGCCUCAAAAACUUCAGUUUCCAGUCCACAAAUAGUGGGUAUUAGAAGAGAAGAUAUUAAUGUUUGGGAAAGAAGAGCACCAAUAGCUCCACAGCAUGUUAAGGAAUUACGAGACAAAGGUAUUGAGGUAAUUGUACAGCCUUCUACAAGAAGAGCCUAUACAAUGGCAGAAUAUGAAAAUUCAGGAGCUAUUGUGCAGGAGGAUCUGACACCUGCAUCGUUGAUCAUGGCUGUGAAACAGGUUCCUAUUGACAUCUUAAUUCCAAACAAAUCAUAUGCAUUUUUUUCUCAUACAAUCAAAGCUCAAGAUGCUAACAUGCCCCUAUUAGAUGCCAUGUUGGAAAAGAACAUCCGUAUUAUUGAUUAUGAACGCAUGGUUGAUCAUAAGGAAAAACGUGUGGCAGCUUUUGGAAAGUUUGCUGGUGUUGGCGGAAUGAUAAAUAUAUUACAUGGUCUUGGACUACGUCUGCUUUCACUUGGUCAUCAUACCCCAUUUAUGUACGUAGGCUCAACGCAUAACUACAAAAACAGUCGGCAAGCCAGAUUAUCAAUUUACGAACUUGGAGAGGACAUUCGUGCAGGAAAGCUUCCCUCACAUUUUGGUCCACUCACAUUUGUCUUUACAGGGUCGGGAAACGUUUCCCAGGGAGCACAAGAAGUGUUUCAAGAGCUACCACACGUUUAUGUUCAUCCUCAUGAGCUGGAAGAAGCCAUAAAAGCUUACGAUCACAGGACGUUGGUUGCAACAAAAGUGAGUAGAAAACAUUACCUUGUUCCAAAAGGAGGAGGUGGUGAAUUUGAUCCACAAGAGUUUGAAGAGCAUCCUGAACGCUACCGAUCUAUUUUUGCAGAAAAGAUUGCACCGUAUGCAUCAGUGAUUAUAAAUGGGGUAUACUGGGCACCAGUUAACCCACGAUUACUCACAAUAGCUGAUGGAAAAGCUUUGUUAGAAAUCAAACAUAGGCCAGAUAAAUAUGGUGGAUGUCCAGAACUACCUCAUCGUUUGCUUGCCCUGUGUGAUAUUUCUGCUGAUCUUGGGGGAUCAUUAGAAUUUAUGAAAGAAUGUACCACAAUUGAAUACCCAUUUGCAUUAUAUAAUGCUGAAGAGGAGAGAGAUGAACUAGGUGUUGCUGGCGAUGGCUUACUGUAUUGCUCUAUUGAUAACAUACCUGCUCAGCUUCCACGUGAAGCUACAGAUUAUUUUGGAAAACUAUUGUUACCAUGGAUACCAGAAAUGGUUAAGGGUGAUGCAAAAAAACCACUGUCUGAAGAAACUUGCUACUCUUCUGUAACGAAAGGGGCCAUCAUUUGUUCUAAUGGUGAUUUAACAAAACCAUAUAAAUACAUUUCGGACAUGAGACGAAGGAACGAAGAAGCAAAAGCAGAAGAUAUGGCAACUUCUGUUGAUAUCAAACAUAAAGUUCUUGUUCUUGGAGCUGGUCGUGUGGCUGCACCACUUGUUGAAUACCUGACAAGGGAUCCUGGUGUAAGGCUCACAACAGUGUCAUCCAUCCAUGACGAAGUCCUUGUCUUGUCAGAGAAAUAUCGCAACACUGAGCCUAUUGUACUGGACGUAAACAAAUCACGUGAUAAGUUGGAGACAUUGGUCGCCGGUCAUGAUCUUGUUAUCAGUCUGCUACCGUACACCCUCCAUCCUUCUAUUGCAAAAUUAUGCAUCACACAUAAGAAAGAUAUGCUCACUGCAAGUUAUGUGUCCCCAGAGAUGAAGAGUUUGGAACAAAGUGCUAUUGACGCUGGCAUUACAAUAUUUCAAGAAAUUGGUUUAGAUCCGGGUAUAGAUCAUUUGUUAGCAAUGAACUGUUUCGACGAAGUUAGAGGACAAGGUGGAAAGAUUGUGUCUUUUAAAUCAUUCUGUGGUGGACUACCUGCUCCUGAGCAUGCUAAUAAUGCUUUGAAGUACAAAUUUAGUUGGUCACCUCGUGGCGCACUGAUGACAGCUUUGAAUGGAGCAAGAUAUUUGGAAAAUGGAGAGGUUGUAGAUAUAGCUCCUGGAACAUUAUUGGAACAUGUUAAGCCACUUGAGCUGUUUCCUGGUUUCAACUUGGAAGGCUACCCAAACAGAGAUUCGACUGUGUAUGUUGACAAGUACGGUUUGUAUGAUGUGAAGACAAUGCUUCGUGGAACUAUGAGAUACAAGAACUUUUCCGACGUGUGUCAAGGCUUGAUGAAGCUUGGUUGUUUGAAUGAGAAUACAAACAGUGGUUUUGAAGAUGGCAAAGUGUUAAAUUGGCAAAAGAUAAUGAAUACGUUGCUUGGUUCUAACAAUCUGUCUCAUGAUGACUUGGCUAUCAUUGUAUACGAUAAACUUUCUCGAAAUGACGUGGCUAUGAAAGGCGUACAAACUCUAGGUUUGUUAUCACCCGAAAAAGAAGUCGCAUGGGCUUCGAAUCCCUUGGACACACUAUGUACGUACUUAGCAAAAGAAUUAGUCUAUGAACACGCAGAACGUGACUUAAUACUACUAAACCAUGAAGUUGGAAUCGAAUGGCCAAACGGAAAACAGGAAACGCGAAACAUUAGUUUAGUGAGCUAUGGCGAUCCAGAUGGCUGUAGUGCGAUGGCGCGUACAGUGUCCACGCCAGCCGCCAUUGCUGCCCGGAUGAUGUUAGAUGGAGAAGUUGUUACUAAAGGAAAUGUUAUUCCUUUGUCUCGGGAGCUGUACGACCCCAUGUUGAAGCGCUUGUCAGCUGAAGGAAUACGAUGGACGACAAAAUCAACGUUUUCUUAAACACGCAGACCUGUAGGAACUUAGAAGAAUUUUUAGAAGAACAGUUUUAUUUAUUAAACAAAAAGUCGAGUUUAUGGAAGUAAAAUUUAUAUGUAAUUUUUUUAAAGAAUUUUUUUACGCAGACUACCUUUACAGAAUUUAUUUACAUAAGAUAAUAAUAAUAAUAAUAAUAAUAAUAAAGAAUCAGCCUGAAAAUCCAACAACUUUGGGUAAUUUAAUAUUGGUCAUAACUUGCUAGCCUCGCCUUUAAAGAAGUUGCUAUGGCACGUUUCAUGAUAACACUUUUCUGGUGAUGCAUCUAUAGCGAUUUAAGAAAUUUUAUAGUGUCUUUCAACAACAUUACAACAUUUUGAAACAUUACAUUCAGAAUGGUACAUUGUAAUGUUUUCUUUUCAUUGUUUUUAAUGCUUAAGAUCUAUUUUCCCUAUCGAAAAUGACUAAUCUGAUUUCUGUCUGUGUAACUGACAUUUUUAUUUAAAGGAUAGUAACUCAUCGGUCUUUCGUUACGCCCAUCCUGUUAUGGCGUUAUGGCGUCAGGGUCAGCUUAAAUUGAACCAAUCAGAUAAUAGUGUUAUAUGUACUUAUUUUCAUCAAGCAGAGUAUUUCGAACAGAACAAAGGGCUUUUGAUUGCUUGACAAAAAUUUUUCCAAUAAAAAAUAGAUUUUUUUUUACCUUGCAGCGAAAUAUCACAUAACUAGAAUCUUUAAUUAAUUCGUUUCGCACAAAAUAUUUCGCACAUAGUGGGUAUCAGUGCGUAGUAUUUAAACAUUUCGAUGCACUUUGGACCCGCUUCGGUUUGGUGAAGUUUAGAAUGUUAAAAUUUUGCAGACUACUUUGUGGGUUCUUUAUGUAACUGUGGCGCUGUUUUCCUUGCCUCAUUUCAUUCAUUCAUUCCUUUAAUAUUUUUUCUUCUUGUUUUAUAAACAUAAGGUUGGUCCACUUGCGAAGUAUUUGUAGAUACUUUUUCGUUAGGUAGAAAAAUGAAAACAUACCCGAUUUUUUAGUAAGAAAUAAAAGCAAACGAAACUAUUAGAGUACAUGUUAGUAUGAUGUAUUGGUUGACUCAAUAUUUCGCCUAAUAUCUGCAUUCUGAAUUUAAAUUACGGUUUAUACUUUUUAAAGUGUGGAGAAGAAGGCUUUUUAUCAUUAUUUUAUGCACUCCUCCGUUGUUGGUUGUCUUGAUUUCUACCACUAUCAGUAGAUUUUUCUUUUUUUGUCAAUACGAAAUAUCAUUUUUCUUGACACUUUUUGUAAUAAGUCUUUAGCUCAGAGAAUAAAAAAUGUGACAUACGAUCCGUA